AAUAUUUCAUUUUAGUUGAAUAUUUUCUGUUGUUUUCUUUGCCUAUUUGUUGUGAUAAAAUAUUUAACUAAUUAAAAAUCGAAAUGAAGUAAAACAUUUACAUUAUUGAAUUAGUCAAAAGAAGCUAUCAAAAUAUUAGAUAUCGCUUCGAUUAUUAUGAAAUAUCAGAAAGAAAUUACUGUGUGGCAUUAUUUGGUGACUAUUUAAAGAAGAGCAUAUUUUUCGACGGCGCUGUGCGCCACUUUCGGGUAAUAGAGAGAAAAACUGGCCGCAUAAUAUGUAUACUCUUAGACUAAGGUGCACCUAGAAAUCAUAAUGAGCACACAAGAGGAGUAUCUCCUCACUCUGCCGUUAGGCAAAAUAUUAGGCCGAGUUUGUACGUCGAUUUACGAUCAAACAUAUUACAGCUUUGAAGGUAUACCUUACGCUAAACCACCGCUGGGCAAGUUACGUUUUCGUGCGCCACAUGCUGUCGAACCAUGGACGGAUGUGAAAGACUGUACAAAGUGUGCUAGGGGGCCUUUACAAAAGAAUCCGGAUACUAAUAAAGUAGAGGGCGCUGAGGAUUGCCUGUACCUAAAUGUUUAUACAAAAAAGCUAACAUCCUCCAAGCCUCUACCAGUUAUGGUCUUCAUCUAUGGCGGCUCUUUUUGUAUGGGCGCCGCGAAUCGAGACUUAUAUGGACCCGAUUAUUUUAUGAUGGAAGAUGUGGUGCUGGUCACCUUUAACUAUCGACUCGAUUCCUUAGGCUUCCUCAGUCUGCGCGAUCCUUCGCUAAAAGUACCCGGCAAUGCUGGUCUCAAAGAUCAAGUGCUCGCUCUGAAAUGGGUAAAAAAGUAUAUAGCGCAUUUCAAUGGCGAUCCUACAAAUGUGACACUGUUUGGCGAGAGCGCCGGCGCUGCUUCAACACACUUGCUGAUGCUCUCGGAGCAAGGACGUGAUCUCUUCAAGCGUACCAUUGCCAUGUCGGGUACUGCGCUUAAUUUUUGGGCAAAUAUGCCACAAUUGAAUACUGCAUUUCGACUGGCACAUUUUCACGGAUACAAAGGGGAUAAUAUUGAUGCACAUGUAUUCGAAUAUAUUAGCAACCUUGCACCUGAAAAGUUAGUAGUGCAUUCCUUGUUGAGUGAAGAGGAUCAGCGCAAUUCGUAUAUGUUUGCUUUUGGUCCAAUUGUGGAGCCGUACGUAGAAGACGGUUGCGUAAUACCUGAACGCCCCUUCGAUAUGCAAAAGAAAGCUUGGAGUAAUCACUUGUCAAUGAUGUUGGGCGGAUCUUCCUUUGAGGGGUUACUUUUAUAUAAAGUACUUAAAGAGAACCCGAUUGUAAUACAACGUUUAUUCCGCGAGCCGGAACUGAUACUGCCUGAGGAAGUGCGUCAGAUCCGUAAGCACAAAGAUGUAAAGAAAUUGGGCAUAACUCUACUGAAAUUACAUUUUGGCGAUGAAGAACCCAAUGACUAUUCAUUGUUUAAGUAUCUGGAUAUCUUUAGCUUUAAAAUAUUUUGGCAUGAUUUUCAUCGCACAAUUUUGUCACGCCUAACAUUCGCACGUGCGCCUACCUUUCUUUAUCGUUUCGACUUCGAUUCACCGGAUUUCAAUUUUUACCGCGCGAAAUAUUGCGGUAGAGAUAAUGUGCGUGGCGUAGCGCAUGCCGAUGAAUUGUCGUACCUAUUUUAUUCGAAUAACUCUCGUAAAUUAUUUACAAACACAGCCGAGUAUAAAACUAUAAGACGCAUGAUUGGUAUGUGGACCGCCUACGCGCGGAGUGGUGAUCCGGACUGCGAUGAAUCGGAUCCGAUUAUAUGGGAUGCGGUGACGAAGUAUUAUAACUUGCGCGCAAUGCUUAUUGGGAAAGAGCUGGAGUUUAAAGAGAUUCCAGAAAAGGAUAAAUUACUAGUCUGGGCUAAGUUAUAUCCAAGUCCGCAACAAUUAUGCGGAGCGGAUAGGGAAGAGGAUUAUUAUUGGGGCGUGCCAAUACCAAGUUUAGAUUAAAAAAUGUGCAAUUUUAGUUUUAAAAAGUAGAUAGCUAAAGAAUAAAUGUUUUGUUUUGUAAGAAUACAUGACCGAAAUGCAAUACUUUGUGCAAAGGUAUUGAAUCAAUUUCAUCAUAAUGACGUAAAACAUA